AAAUCCCCUUUUAUGUGCGACUAACAAUUGGCACCAUACUUUGUAUUUCCCUUCAUAUGGUGCAUUAGAAAAACAAAUACUUUCAUUGAGUGAACAUUUAGACGUCAUUUCAAAUAUGCACUUUAAAAAUAGAGGAGCGGGUACAGGUUUUUCAGCAACUUCUUGGACUAAUACAAAAGGUUUUCAUCUUGAUUUUAUAGCAGGUUGGUGUGAUUAUAAUGGAUGGAAAAAAUCACCUGAUGAAUUUUAUCAAAAUAACAUUCUUUGUAACUUUGGUGAUGAUUCCAUAGGGAUUACCUUAGAUCUUAAAAAUAUGGAUACAGAAAAAUUGAAAGCAUGUAUGGCUAAAUAUAAUAUUUACUUAGACUUCGAUGUUUUCAAUCACAUUGAACAAAUCCAAUACCUAGGCUCACGUGCACUAUAUACACAUCGGCAUACCAUAGAACGCGGUUUGUUGGAUACUUGGAAACGCGCGAGAUUGAAUGCCCAAAGACAAACUUUGAAGCAGAACGUUCUUUCUAAAAACCCGCAACAAACAAAGGUUAAAAGAUGGAAUAAAUUGGCUUUUUGGAUCUUUGCUCAACAAAAUAAACUGCCUUCUUUUUAUCAGGUUAUGAAUAUACACAUGGAUAUCAAAACUGUCUUUCCCGAAAAAUAUCUUAGUUAUUGGAAUAAAUUCUUGAAAGAACCACAAAAUACUGAUUACUCCUUCGAGACUUCAUGA